AUGGCUGAGGUGGCGGUUCUCAAUGCAUGGGACUACGUAGCCAUCGUAUGCUAUUUUAUGAUAGUCAUCGGUGCCGCAGUCUACGCGCUGGUGACGACAAAUAGAGGGACUGUUAACGGCUACUUUCUAGCCGGAAGGUUUAUGACAUGGCUGCCUGUCGGAGCGUCAAUCUUUGGCAGUAAUAUCGGCAGCGAACAUUUCGUCGGUUUGGCGGGGGACGCGGCAGCGAGUGGCUUAACCCCGGGUGCGUUCGAAUUGAAUGCCCUGAGUCUCCUCCAACUGAUGGGUUAUUUAUUCAUACCAGUCUACAUAGCAUCAGGGGUUUGUACUUUGCCUGAGUUUAUGAUGAAGAGGUUUGGUGGACGGAGGAUUCGGGUUUAUCUGGCCUGCAUGUCCAUCUUCGUCUACAUCGUAGCAAGAGUCUCGGUCGAUCUGUAUUCGGGGGCUCUUUUCAUCCAGCAGGCCCUGGGCUGGAAUCAGUAUGUUUCGAUUGUCUGUUUACUGGUCUUUGUGGGCAUCUUCACGGUCACAGGUGGGCUGGCGGCAGUGAUGUAUACAGACACUGUGCAAGUCUUUAUCAUGAUCCUGGGUGGAAUGACCCUCAUGGUUCUCAGUUACAUAAAGGUCGGAGGUCUCAAGGAGCUAAAGGUCAAGUACUUUCAAGCGAUCUCUAACGAUACAUUGAACACACCGAACUACACAUGCGGUUAUCCGAAACCCGAGGCUUUCCACAUGUUACGGAGUGCAGAUCCUUACAACUCGGAUUUUCCUUGGAUCGGUUUUUUAAUCGGACAAAGCAUGACAUCCAUCACCUACUUCUGCGCUGAACAGGUGAUGGUACAGCGCACUCUCUCGGCCAAGAGUCUUUCACACGCACAAGGGGGUUGUAUCUUUGCUGGUUACAUCAAGAUCUUACCCCUCUUCAUGAUCGUCAUUCCUGGUAUGAUAUCAAGGGUGCUCUUCACAGAUAUUGUAGCAUGUGCAUCAGCAGAGGCUUGCAUGGCAGCAUGCGGGAAUCCCCGGGGAUGUACCAACAUGGCAUUCCCUUCACUAGUACUCGGUGUCAUGCCAAAUGGUCUUCGUGGGGUCAUGCUAGCUGUGAUGCUGGCAGCUAUUGUCAGUAGCUUGACUUCAUUCUUUAACAGUAUCAGCACACUCUUUACCGUCGACAUCUGGAACUACUUCAGAAAGAAAUACUCAAAGAAAGAUCCUUCCGUCAAAGAGAUGAUGAUCGUUGGCAGAGUGAUAGUGCUUGUCAUGACGGUUCUAAGUGUGCUGUGGAUACCGGCUAUUGAGGUGCUGCAAGGCGGUGACGGAUUGAACCGUUACUUCACCCGGAUAGCCGGAAGAAUUACGCCCAGUGUCUGUGCGGUGUAUCUACUCGCCAUCCUCUGGCCCAGAGCGAACGAACAGGGUACGUUCUGGGGGCUGGUCGCGGGGGCGUUCACCGGUUUCACCCGGCUUAUACUGGAUUUCAUCUGGCCUGCACCGGUUUGUUGGGAAGAGGAUAACCGGCCACAUAUCCUCAAGCUUCAUUACUUCUACUUCAAUAUGAUCCUGUUUGCGGUUGUGUUUACGGUUGACAUAACCGUCAGCCUCCUAACCGAACCUCCCCCACCUGAAAGGCUCAUCCGGACUACAUUCUGGACGCGGUUUAGCAAGGCUAAGCGAUCAGAUGAGGCAGAGUUCAACGAUACUGAAGAGGAUGACGAUGAGGCGGUUGAAACUGACGACAUCGAACUCGACGACAAGGAAGAGUCUACUGACAUUGUGAAAGAUCCGCCAUAUAAGAUCUCAGAAAGGAAGAGUGGCUGCUACCGGGCUGUGACAUGGUUCUGCGGCUACGGGGACGACAGCGAAGAGGGUCAGCGAAAAGCGCGCGCGGAGGAGAAACGCGUACGUAAGAUUACAACGUCGAUUGAGCAGGAUCCACGCGCAAAGAGGUUCAUCCACAUCAACAUGGUCAUUCUCCUGGGGGUGUCCGUCUUUCUCUACACCUACUUCUCUGUCGAUUGGAUUUAA